AUGACUGCAUUACCCGCCUGGAAUAUGCUCAAGGGCAAAACCGCGGCUAUCACCGGCGGCACCACAGGGAUUGGUCGCGCAAUAGUGCUCGCAUAUAUCACACAAGGGUGCAAUGUUGCCGUGAACCAUCUGGGUCUCCCGCGAGACGAAGUGCAUCGUCAUAGUCUUCUUGAAGAAGUCAAGGUGCUUGAGCGAAAAGGUAUCAAGACAGGCGAGAUCCUCGAAUUAUCUGGCGACGUAACGGAUCCUGAAACCAGCACUAGUUUGGUGCAACAAGCAGUGUCGCAAUGGGGCAAGCUGGACAUAUUUGUCGCCAACGCUGGUGUUUUCAAGCAAGCGGAGCUCCUCAAGAUUGAACCUGCUCUGCUUGAUCACAGUGUCGAUGUCAAUAUCAAGGGAAGUUUCUAUUCCUGCCAAGCUGCGGCUCGCCAGAUGGUGAAGCAAGGACAUGGUGGCUCGAUCAUUGGCAUUUCUUCUGUGAGCGCCCUGCUUGGCGGUGGCUUGCAGACUCAUUAUACCCCCACAAAAGCUGCCAUUUUGUCUAUGAUGCAGUCUAUGGCGAUCGCCCUCGGAAAGGACAAAAUCAGAUGCAAUGCAUUGAUGCCCGGCACCAUCGCGACGCAGCUGGCCGACCACGACAUGAAGAACCCUACUAAGAUGGCUGCGUUGAAGGAACGAAUUCCUCUCGGUCGCAUUGGCGCCCCUGAAGAUAUGGCAGGGCCAGCCGUCUUUCUAGCUUGUGAGGAUAUGAGCCGCUAUGUCAAUGCCACGGGCCUGCUUGCAGACGGUGGGAUGUAUAGUAAAUUACAGUGA